UACUAGCACUGAAAUGACGCAAGGGCAGUAAGGUAAAUUAAUCUGGCAUACCGGAUAAGCACAUCCAAGUUAAGCCGUUGAUUCUUGGCAGAAAAAAUGCAGCUGCUGCAGAUCGGACACCUCACUCCUCGCUCUCGAUUUUCACUCUUUUUUGCCCCUUUCCCUAUCAGAUUUCAACUUUCCCCAUUUCCCCAGUCCAACUAACUACCGUCUCCUCCACCCUUCAGCUCGUAGAUAGAACGAGAAGAAGAAGAGAUCAGCUCGAUCCCAGUCUGGCCGACUGGCCGUGUUUUUUCACUCAGCUCGCAAACCUAGUGAGUCAACUCGUCCUACGUUUGUUCCAGAAGGCAGACCUUACUUCUUACUAUCUGCUAGCUCUGAAUUUACAUCUUCUCCGAUUGCGAUCUGAUUAUUCUCUCUCUUCUGAUGUGUUGCCCCCGUGGUGCAGUCUUGAGAAAUUGAGCGGACUUCGGUUGCUAUGUCGGACCACUUUAUAGCUCCUUGGGACUUGCAGGAAGAGCCCGUCGACGAGUGCUACGGUCCUCCUUCUCCAAUCCAUGGGCAGCAGAGCGAUCAGCUUGUAGGGAAUGCGAUCCCCAAUGGUGGUAAUCCGUUUGCUGACAAUGGUGCAGCUCAUGAAGACAAUAAAUCUCUGGUGAAUGAUGUUAUUAGCAACGUUGUUAAUGAGUUGAACAGCGGUGAUCUUUUCAAUGAGGGAGAGCAUCAUGGGACUGAUCAGCCUAUUGGGGCUGUCCAGCCGGGUUCUAGUGGUGAAGGUCUGCCUUAUGCUCCUGUGAACUGGCCGAACCCGGGUGACAACUGGACCUGGAAGGUAGGAAGGAGGAUUAAUACUGCUGGAUUUUUCCAGGAUAGGUUUCUUUAUCCUCCAAAACAUUUCCCCAAGGUGACAGGGGUGAGACCUCCAUUUGCGAGCUUGAAUUCUAUUACCAAUUACAUCCGGACGGUGUUUCCAGAUGCUAAUGUCGAUGCAUUUUUCUCGUCCUUCACAUGGAAGGUCCCUGGGAAAAUGGCAUCUCCUUUGAACGCGGAACCAAUCUCCACUUCUUCCCCAAAGCCUGCUCAUGGCGAUGGCGUAAAAGAGGAAGUGCAAGUGCCAGGAGAAGGCUCUCGACUGAGGAAAAGGAAGCCUAAAGAGCCCACUCCACCACCACCAUCCCCACCUCCACCCAGGCAGAAACGACGGCGCAGUGCUGCUAAAUCAUCUGCAACGAACCAGAAGAAAACAGGAGACAAAACUGGAGCUCCCUCAUCAUCUGCAGCCAAGCGAAGAACUAGGCAUACUGCUAAACAAACUGUCCCUGUCCCUUUUGCCGAUGAGGAUGUUGGAAAUAAUACCCAGGAAGAGGAGUUUAACAUUCCAAUCCCAGAAGACUUCGAUAACUACCUCCAAUCUCUAGAAGACAUCAUCGCCCAGCCAUUUUCUGACAACAUAGUUGCUACUCAGUCAACAACAAUGACUAGGGAUCCUCCUGUGGACGAUGAUGAGAUAGCUGAAGCUCGUCACAGGCUCUCUUCCUUGCUGGUUAUGGACUUCCGUACACUAGUUUCCUCCAAGAACUUCUCUGAGCUCCCGGCCUUGGCUUCAAAACUGCGCAACGAUCCUCGCCUGACUGCCGAACAGCUCGUCAAGCUGAAGUUGAUUGAGGAAAUCUCUUCUUUCAGGGAGGUUUUUCUUGAAAGUAGGGAUAUCAUUGACCAAAUCGACAGGCAUUACGGAACCCUAGAUGCAAACAAGGCCAAAGUCGCUUCUCUUAAGAGUGAGUAUAGUGAACUGAAGGACAAAACAGACCAACUUCAGGCACAGAUAGACGGGAACAUGUUGACGGUGCACGAUAUCGACAAUGAGAUUGCUAGGCUCCAAGCUCGCCGAGCAGAGUUGAUCAGUGCAGUGGAAUCAAACAAAGCGGCUAAGUUGGAGGUGAGCCACUCACAGAAGAUGGUGGCGAGUGCGAUUCCAAAUGUUGUGCAUGAGAUUCAAAUUUCCAAUUCCAAGAUCCCAGAGUGGGAUCUGAAGAGGAGCAAUGCUGUGAAGCGGGAGGCAGAAAUCCUCGCAAAGUUUGCACCUUUGCAAGGGUUCUCCCUCAUUCCACCGCCCUUUCAUGGGCUGUUUCUGUAAGUUGAGUUAAAGCCUGAAGGUUAACUUCUGUUUCAAAGCGGCAGGUGUAGUAGCAAAAAUGCAGGGCGGUUGAGUUGUAAUGUGCUUUUCAGCCGGUGAUAUUCUCCCAACGUAGUAGAGAGAGAGAGAUAGAGAGACUUAAUCCCUCUUCUUGUUAGCUCUGUGUGAUAGUACUGAUUUAUCUAGCGCAGGAGACGUACCAUUGUACUAUUUAAGCCAUAAUGCAGGCCUUAGACAUGUACUAUUCUCUGGAUAUGUAGCUUUCUUUCUUUUUUUCUUCGAGUUUAAACAGAUUCUGUGUAGCUGUUUCUUUUUUAAUUGACCGAUAUGUAUUGUGCUGAAUGUUCUUCUGGUUGCUGCACUACUUAAGAGUAAUUUACAGUGUAAGCUUAGGCAUGUCUGUCAUCCAUUGCGUUGCAUCUAAGGUCUAUUACACAUUGUUGAGACUUGAGACCACAGUUUCAACUUAUGAUUACUUCCACUGUGUCGAACACUCUGUUCUUGGUCGCCAUCCUCUCUUCUUCAUCCUUCUUCCACUGUAAAAUAAACGUAGGUAGGUACAUUUUGCCUUGGUUGCGCUACAAAUUUUCGGUGCAAGAUUGCUGGUGAAGUCCGUAUGGCAAAAAUAUCGGUAACCGUGGAUAUCCGCUUGAAACCGACCUAAGUGGGUAGGGUAAAACCCGAACCCGAAAUACUUUUAGUGGGUACGGAUAAAACCCGAACUCGGAUAUUGCGGGUAAUGGAUGAUCAUGAUUUUCUCACUAUCCAACCUGAACCCGCCCGAUUAUACAUAAGCAUAUGUAUUUUUUCUAGAAUUAAUCAUUAUUUUUCUCUAACAUAUUUUAUACUUAGCAUAUAAAUAUAAUAUUUUCAUGAAAUUGUUAUUUUAAUUAAUUUUCUUCAUUCUAACAAAUUAUUGUCGUACUUUUCCUCUUCUACAAGAUACAUAAAGGCAAAACAUGAGUCGGAAUUCUCCCAUUUCAAAUUUCAUGACGUGAGAGUGAUUCUAUGAAGGUCAUUUUUGUCAUUGUACUCACUUCAUGUUUAUAUAUUAAAAAGUACUUUUCCUCUUCUACAAGAUACAUAAAGGCAAAACAUGGGUUGACAUUCUCCCAUUUCAAAUUUCGUGACCUGAGAGUGAUUGUAGGAAGGUCAUUUUUGUCAUUGUACUCACUUCAUAUUUUUAUAUUAAAAAUGUUAUUAUUGAAGUUUGAACCUUGGUUACUUGAAUGAAGAAAGAGCAUUAUA